AUGCUGACUGUGGCUGCAGCUUUGAGGGUCACUACUACCACUCAGGAGAAACUGUCAUACUGGAUGCAGACUGUGGGAGGCGCUGUACAUGYAGCUAUGGCUCCAUGACUUGCAGCUCUCACAGCUGUGGUCAACAUGAAUCCUGCAGKGUGGAGRAUGGAGUAAGAGGAUGUACACCAAACAGCUUUGCAACAUGUUGGAUCAGAGGCCCAGGAUCAUAUCAUACAUUUGAUGGAGUGAUGUACCAGUACCCAGGAGCAUGUCGCCUGACCCUUGCCAAAGUUAUGGGAUCCUCUAAUCAUUCGCACUUCAUGGUUACUGUGGAAAAGGUUCCACAGGGGCUGCAGGGUUUCUCCAAUGUGCUAAAGUUUGAGGCAGAGGGAACACAAGUUACUAUUGAGAUGGCAAGUAGUAGCACUGUUAAGGUUGAUGGACAGCUGAUCAGACUGCCAUUCAGCUCUGGGUCCAACAGAAUCCGCAUYUUCCAAAGCAGCACUCACAGCGUCUUCCUUCGCACAGACUUUGGUGUAACUCUGCAGACUGUCUGGCCUCACUUUGUCCGUGUCACUGCACCAGGUGUCUACAGUGGUUYAUUAGGUGGACUWUGUGGAAACUACAAUGCUGACCAGCAUGAUGAUUUCCGUACACCCAAUGGCUCUCUGGUCAGUGACUCCCAGGUGUUUGGGGACAGUUGGCGAGAUGGCUCCCUGGCAGAUCACUGCGUGGAAAGCAGACCUCGUAACUCUGCCACUAAUUUCAAUUCCACUGAGUACUGUGGAGUUCUUACUUCACACACUGGACCAUUUAGAUCAUGUUGGGCUGCAGUGAACCCAUGGCAACAGGUAGAUGCAUGUGUAGGAAUCCUUCAAGGCUCCAGAGAUCCAACAUCAACAUUAUGUGAGGUCCUACGAGAUUAUGCACUGAUGUGCCAACAUAACGGUGUAUCCCUGGGACAGUGGAGGAAUGCAACWGGCUGUGAACUAACCUGUCCAUCAAACAGCCAUUAUGAACUCUGUGGAAGUUCAUGUCCAUCUUCCUGCCCCAGCCUCUCCUUCCCCUUCACCUGUGACACUCAGUGCCAGGAGGGGUGCCAGUGUAAUGAUGGGUUUGUCCUCARUGGUAACCAGUGUGUGCCUCCAACAUCCUGUGGAUGCUUUCAUGAUGGACGCUACCGGCAAGCUGGUGAACAAUUCUGGGACGGGGAAGAAUGUCAGAGCUUUUGCACCUGUAAUGGUGUCACUGGUAUAGUCCAGUGUUCCCCAAAUGCAUGUGGACCUCAGGAGUCCUGCCAUAUUGUGGGGGGUGAGUUUGGCUGCCAUCCCAAUCCUCAUGGUACCUGCUCUGCCUCUGGAGACCCUCACUACCUGACCUUUGAUGGCAAGGCCUACGACUUCCAGGGAACCUGCCGCUAUGUUCUGGCAACAGUUUGCAAUGACACURUGGACCUUCACCAGUUUUCUGUGAAAGCAAAGAAUGAACCGUGGUUUGGACUGCCAGUUUCUAUCACGGCUGAAGUUGCUGUUGAUGUCUUUGGCUAUAAAGUGCGUAUGUCGAGAGGCAACUGGGGGACCGUGGAGGUGAAUGGAAUCACAAGACACCUGCCAAUUGUCUUCAAUGGAAGCCUGUCAAUUUUUGGAAGUGGAUCUCAAACAUUUGUCAACACAGAGUUUGGACUGAGUGUCAUGUAUGAUGGAAGUAGCACAGUGUCCAUUUCUGUCCCGCCAAGCUACAGAGGAAACAUGUGUGGACUUUGUGGAAACUUCAAUGGAAAUCCAAAUGAUGACUUCCACACUCCAAGUGGAGCAUCGUCCAACUCAGCAGAUGUUUUUGGGGCAGCUUGGAAGGUUCCUGGGAACUACACCUGUAGUGACGGCUGUGGCUCUUCAUGCGCACAAUGCAACGAUGAUCGAUCUGCCAGAGCCCAGUGUGAGGUGAUUCAGGCAGCUGACGGCCCCUUCAGCUUCUGCCAUGAGGAGGUGGAUCCAGCACCGUAUUUUAGAGACUGCGUCUUUGAUGUCUGCGUGUCAGAAAAUCGAGGCAGUGAUCUUCUGUGCAGGGCUCUAGAGACAUAUGUCAGUGCCUGUCAGUCUGCUAAUGUCCGAGUCUAUCCUUGGAGGCAAAACACCACUUGCAGAAUGGACUGCCCAGCCAACAGCCAUUAUGAGCUCUGUGGAACAGACUGUGGCCACACCUGUGCCAGCAGCAUCGAUGCUGCCUGUGACCAUGUUUGCUCUGAGGGAUGUUUCUGUGAUGAAGGUUUUUCCAGGAGUGGAACAAGCUGUGUCCCUGUGGAAAGUUGUGGCUGCCAGCAUGAUGGAUUCUACUUCAAUGCUGGUGAGUCCUUUUGGACAGACGGUUGUUCCCAACGGUGUGAAUGUCAAGCGCCCAAUGUCCUGAACUGCAGUCCCUCAUCAUGCACUCCUGCACAAGAGUGCACCAUCAGAGAUGGCCAUCUGGGCUGUUAUGAYRCCAUGUCUACCUGUACUGUAUGGGGUGAUCCACAUUACAUCACCUUYGAUGGAGCCCUGGCUCAUUUUCAGGGAUCAUGCUCUUACAUCAUCACUGAGAGUUUGAGCCACAGCAACAAUGAAACUCAGUACAAAGUUGUGGCCACCAACAAACACAGAGGAAACAACMUUGUGUCUUUUGUGUCAUCAGUGGAUAUAUACCUCUCAAAUCCUCAUCAGAGAGUUAAUGUCAGGCUUGAACCUAACAAGAGAGUGAAGGUAAAUGGAGAUGAGGUUUCUCUUCCUACCACUGCAGGAACUUUUGGUCAGGUGAUGAAGCAGGGAAGUUACAUAGUGUUUGAUGCUGUUGAUGUUGUAGUCCAGUUUGAUGGCUCYAGUACUUUACUGGUCAGGAUGGCCCGAAACUAUCAGAACAGAGUCAGUGGGAUGUGUGGGAACUUCAAUGGUGAUCCCACUGAUGACAAAGUUUUGCCCAAUGGUACUUUGGCAGAAAACGACAACCAAUUUGGCCACAGCUGGAGAUCAGAGACAAGCCAAGCAGGAUGUGGAUCCUCUGAUGAGAGUAGUGGUGAUGGACUAAGUGACUGCCRCUUCAUAGAAGAAUACACAGAACUCUGCAGAGUCAUCACCAACACCAGCGGCCCAUUCAGUUCUUGUCACCUGCAUUCUGACCCACAACCMUUYYUCAYUUCCUGUGUUUACGAUCUCUGCCUCUACACACCAGCCAAUGGCAUGCUGUGUUCUGCUGUCUCUGCUUAUGAGAAAACCUGCACCAAUUUAGGUCUAAGCAUUCCUGACUGGCGCUCUCCUUUGCAUUGUGCUGAGACGGACCCUUGUGAACAGCUGGACUGUGCAGAGUAUGAGUGGUGUGGUAAGAAAAAUGGUGUGUACGGCUGCUUCUGUGAUGAGCACCAUCAUCGACCCAACAAUGAGAGCUACGACGCAAACAUUGAAUGUUCCAGCAGUUCUGGCACCAUGUCAGUAUCUCGCUGCCAGCUGUUUGAAGCGGGCUUCCACUCCAGUGCUCUCCAUCUCCGAGACARCUCCUGCAACGGGACUCUUCAGGACGGACGACUCGUCUUCCAUUUUGACAAUGACAACCAUCUGUGUGGGACAGCUCUUAGGAGCAAUGGAACUCACUUCAUGUAUGAGAACACUAUUCAGGGGAAUGUGGAUCCUCAUGGAGGUUUGAUCAGCCGUCAGAGGAAUCUUCAUCUGGAUUUCUCCUGUAUUUUCCCUCUGGCUCAGGCUCUGUCAAUGGCUGUGGGCAUCAAUCCUGUGGAGAGCAUUUUGAGGAAGAAGCUUCCUGCUGGCACUGGAUCGUAUAGUGUGAGGAUGAUCCCCUAUGAGGAUGAAGAUUUCCUCUCCCCCUUCAGCACUAAUGGAAACAUAGAACUGGAAGUCGAUGAGAUGUUUUACUUGGAGGUGCGAACAGAAGGGGUGGAUCAGCGCCAAUUUGCCACCGUUCUGGACUCUUGCUGGGCCACGCCAGUCAACCAAGCAAACUACCCUGUCCGCUGGGAUCUCAUUGCUUCGCAGUGUCCUAAUCCAGAAGAUGGAACCGUAGAGGUGAUUCAGAACGGUGUCUCCACUGUGUCUCGUUUCUCCUUCAGGAUGUUCACCUUCACCAACCACACAGAGAUUUACUUGCACUGCAGUGUCCACUURUGUCUUUUGAGCAGCAACAACUGCAGAGCUCAUUGCUACCCAGGUCACCACACUCUAUUCAAGAGGGAUGUAUCUUACCAUGACUCUGCAGCUCUGUCAAUUGGACCACUGGUGCUUGUGGCACAACCAAACACCGGUGGACUAAUCCAAAGAAAUGGUGUUAAUCCAAAGAUGUUGAAGUCAGAUGGUACAGGCCACCUGGCAUCAAUUGUUACCCUGAUUGUCAGUUUACUGAUGACCAGAAUUCUGGUCAAUUGAUAUCAAAGAAUAAUCAGACUUUAAAAUCCAGUAAAUUUGUAUUACCUAUAAGAGGUGUUCUCUCUGUUUUAGUUUGUACUCCUAAUUAGGCAAGAAACAGAACUAAUUUUGCUUUUCUAACAUCUAGCACUGUUGUGUUUUAGAUCAUUUGUAGGAUUAAUGAAAUGUUCAGUUUUCUUGUUUCUUUUCUGGGAUUUGUUUAAUCAGUUAAUUUUGGUAAUAUCACAAGAUGUUAAAUAUUAACUCUCUUGAAUUUAAGGUUACAUGCAUACAAAGCUAAUUAAUGUUUGGAGGAAUGAUCUAAAGUGUCAAAUUGAAUGAAAUGAAGUAUAAUUUUGUCAUUAUCUAGAUUCUGUUUAAGGAAAUUUUAUGUGGUGGGAGAUACAUGUACUCUGUUAUGAAAUGGAUUAAUAAAAAAAUUCAAAUGAA